CAAUGCUAGUGGACUAUUCUCAUGAAGAGGGUGUUGCUAUCAAAAGUUUCCGCCGGCGACCACUGCGGUUUGGGCUCUGUUGCUGCAUAAUUUGAUCAAAUAGGAAGCCAGUCUUCUUGAGUUGCGUAUUACUUUCUUCGUUUGGUGAUGGAUAUCACUUCGAACGAGCUUCUUAGAAGUAAAGCUUUUAUUAAAGGAAGCAGCGGUACUGCAGCAUAUUAUUUAGCUUCUGAUGAAAAUGUAAAUGUUCACUCCCUUCGUUUGAGUUGUGUUGGCGGCAAGAGAAAGAGGAAUGAGCUUGGUGGGUCUAAUGAUGACAGUGCUGGUCUCAAGUUUAACGACUUUGAGAAGCUGCGGAAAGAAGUAAACUUUUCGGUUGGGGAGACUUGGGCUCUUUAUGAUGAAGUUGAUGGGAUGCCUAGGUUGUAUGCCCGGAUCCGGAAAGUUUCAGCUCCUUCCUUUGGGUUAAGGAUCACACACUUAGAGCCAGAUCCAGAUGAUGAGAGAGAGGUACUAUGGUUUGAACAAGACUUGCCUGUUUCUACUGGUCAGUUCAGGCUUGGGAAGAAUGAGAAUACAAAAGACUGUUCGUUAUUCUCACAUGUCAUACAUUGCAAGGAAGGAAGCAACACUGGUCAUCUCAUUGUUUCACCAAGAAAAGGAGAGACCUGGGCGUUAUUCAAGAAUUGGGAUAUUAUCAAGUGGUCUUCAGAGCCUGAUUCUCACAGCAGUUACAAGUAUGAGAUCGUUGAGAUUCUGUCUGAUCACGCUGAUGGAACUGGUGUGUCUGUUGCGUUCUUGCAUAAAGCAAAAGGCUUUGCUAGCGUCUUCUUUCGAAUGGGAACUGGUGAUGAUUCAGACAUGAUUCAGGUUCCAUCUCACAGUUUAUAUCGUUUCUCCCACAUGAUCCCUUCCUUCAAACUGACUGGAACUGAAGCAAAAGGUUUACCAAAAGAUGCUUAUGAGCUGGACCAAGCUGCGUUACCUGCAACAACAGUCCAAGAGAAACCCGUCCCUUCCCAUCUGAUCCCAGUCCCUAAACCAGAAGCUCUCUGUCUCCCGAGCAGUGAAGGAAAAGUUAUUAAAACUGGUCAGUUCUGGGCAUUUGGUGGAGAUUACGAUGACACGCCUCGGUACUACGGUAGGAUUCAGAAGAUCACCGUAACUCAGACAUUCGAGCAGACAGCAGAAACAAAGGUGCAUGUAUGUCGUUUGAAGGCUACUUCAUUCCCUCAGAAUGUCAUCAAGUGGAAGGACAAGAGCAUGCCUGUUGGCUGUGGAACAUUCUCGAUGCUUAAAAAUUGCUCAACGCUCUAUCCACAACACCUUACACAUCAGAUAUUUCCUCAGACCUCCAUGGAUGGAAACGAAUGCACCAUUCUCCCCAAGGUUGGCCAGUUGUGGGUGAUUUACAGACUUUGGGCUCCUCACUUUGGUGUCGGAGCACUAGACGAACACUGCUUGGACUUUGACAUGGUCCAAGUUCUUGAUGACGCCUUUAACUACAAGGUUUUGGCGCUGGAGCAAGUCUUGGUUAUUAGUGAAGAGAAGAAUAAGUUCUUUAGAGCGGCUAAGAGUAGGCCAUCUUAUUGUUAUGAUGAGGAUGGGCCAGGAGUGAUAUUUACAAUCCCACAGUCGAAAAUGCUCAGAUUCUCUCAUCCGAUUCCUGCUUCCCGUGUAACCAAAGAGGUAGAUGGGGAGAUGAUAGUGCUCUUUGAAGUUGAUAAGAAAGCGUUACCUUAUGGGUGGUGACCGUUGAGCAAAGGAUGUGAGGGAAGGGUUCCUUUUUGUUACCUUUUUGGUGUCCUUUGCUGGAGAGAUAUAAAGACGCUUAAACAUAAGUCUUUUCUUUUGUUGGUUUUAAAUCUAACGGGAUAGUAUGUAGUUUGACAAUGUAUGAAAAUACUUUCUCCAUGUGGUUUGUUGAUGAAAACGCUAGAAUCUUUGGUUAGUUUCA